AUCGGUGUCAGUGGUUCGAAGCGUAACCUCAAAAGGGAGUUCUUUUCUACGAGUGUGUUUCACUUAUUUACACGUGUUUUGAGAUGGCCCCGACCAAGGAAAAGGCCGCCGCGGCCAAAAAGGGCGAAAAAACAGUGAAAAAGUCCGCCGGUGCCAAGACCGGGUCGCUGACCGAUGGAGUCCGUCGUUAUUUGAAGCGCAAGCAACGUGUGCAGAAGAAAUUGUUCUCCCUGAAGAAUGUGAAGCGAGUGCGUGCCGAAAAGCCGAAGGUCGCCAUUACUGUUGUGAAGAAGAUCGGCGGUGCUAAGAAUGGAGGUGAGCGCACGGUUCUCCUGAAGAAGAACAAGAGCUUCUUGCCAACCAAGUCCCUGGUCAGGAAGCGCUCCGGAAAGAAGUGCUUCCGCAACCACAAGCGCAACAUCCGCAAGACGCUGAAGAAGGGUAAGAUCCUGAUCCUGUUGGCCGGUCGCCAUAAGGGAAAGCGUGUCGUCCUGCUGAAGGCCCUGAAGUCCGGAUUGCUCCUGGUCACUGGACCAUUUGCCUUGAACAGCUGCCCGAUGCGUCGUAUCUCCCAGAACUACGUCAUUGCCACCAAGACCCGGGUCAACCUGAAGGACUACAAGGUACCGAAACACAUCAACGAUACCUACUUCCGUCGCCAGCCCAAGAAGAAGAACUCCCGGACCGAGCGUGACAUCUUUGCCGAGAAGGUCGAGAAGUACGUUCCGUCGGAGCAGCGCAAGACCGACCAGAAGGCCGUCGACGAUGCCGUGCUGAAGGCUAUCAAGAAGCACAAGGACGGCAAAGUGGUCCAGCGUUACCUGAAGUCGAUGUUCUCGCUCCGGUCGAACCAGUUCCCGCACCGUAUGCAGUUCUAAGGAGGUCUGUCUCAACAGUUCAAGGAAGAUCGUUUAUAAGGUUUAAUUAUAAAGAAUUUGUCACCAACAGCAAGAACACUGGAUUGUUUCCUGGUAUGGAGAAAUACAUUUGAAGAUCGCUAUCUUUAAAAGUGAAAACUUACGACUGAA